AGAUCUCGUGGUCUCCAGGUUCAGGAAAAGAGCUCGGCGAGGUCAAACUGUCCAUCUCCUACAAGAAUGAAAAACUCUUCAUCAUGGUGAUACACAUCCGAGGCCUGCAGCCCCUGCAGGAUGGGACUGACCCCGACCCCUACGUGAAGCUCUAUCUCCUCCCCGACCCUCAGAAGAUGAGCAAGAGGAAAACGAAGGCGGCGCGACGCACGUGCAACCCGACCUACAAUGAGAUGCUGGUGUACGAGCGGAUCCCACGGGGGGACCUGGACCAGAGGGUGAUCCACCUUCGGGUCCUGGGAGACGGCGCCUUCUGGGAGAACACGCUGCUGGGAGAGACCUUCAUCCCCCUGAAGAGGCUGGUCCCAGGUCAGCACUGGGUGGGCUGGCACAAACUGGGCCCCCCUGGCUCAGACUUCGCCCACUGAUGGACAGGAAACGGGAGGCAGCGGACUUAAAAGAAAGAAGAAGAACUGCAGGCGUUCCUGCUGAGGGGGAACGGUGAAACAAAAAAAGGGAGAUCCUUUCAAAGUAAAAGCCUUGUGGCUGCUCUGCGGGUGUCGUGCCACGCUCGUUAGUUUAUAAGAGACUGAGUUUUACUUCAGUGAACGAGUUCCACUAACGAGCUCGCCCUGACCUUUGACCUGAGAGCGACUGAAGGAGUGGAUUCCUUUUUUAACAGACCUACAGGAGCUCAGACGUGCUCGAGCUGUUUCUUCUUCUUCUCCUCGGACCGCAGCAGGAAGUUGAACUGUGAAAAAGGAAACGAGGACAGAGGCGCGGUGAAGAAGACGAAGCAGGUUGAAGAGCGUGGGCAGCGCCGCUGAGAAGACUUUUGGUUAUUUUUUAUAGCGGGUUUGAUUUAUUUUUAAAGUGCGACUGACUGCCGGCUGCUUGCGUCCCUAUGUUUCAUUCCUGGUUUCUGAACCAUGUCAUUUCCUGUUUUUAGCUCAAUGACGGCGGGCGUUUUGUGAUCAGCUGAUUUUUGUGUUUGCGCUGUAAAUGAAUGCGAGGUUUUCACAAUGACUGCUUCACACGUUUAAAGACGAGAGAAAUCUGAAGAAUUUCAAAAUUCUGAAACACUGAAAUUUAAUUUUUAUAGUUGGAUUGUUUUUGAUCAUGUGACUCUGUGACGUCAUCAUGCUGCUCAUUCAAUCAGCUAUCACUUCUCUCCCUGAGGGCACUUUCCCCUGAUUGGCCAGCAUGCAGAAGCCUGCUGAGGGGCAGCCUGUGAGCUGUUAGAGCCCCCUGCCUGUGGACAUGUCAUUCCACAGGCAGGGGGCGCUCUCGGGGCAAAUUUCAUCCUGUUUUUGAUGGAAGAGUUCGACAGUUUCUACUGCAGUGAAGUCGCUGAGGACAUCACAGCACCACGAGCCGCUUUACAGCACCCUGCGUUUUGAUUUGGGGUGUGAAGCCAGCUCCUGCUUCUGCUGCUAACGUGUGCUGGAGGUUUGGAAACAGGCGCCGUCAAGGGAGGACGUCCUGUCCUGAACUCUAACCGACCAAACAGCAGGCAGCAGUAGCGUGCUGGUGUUUCAUGGGUAAAAUCAGGUCCGCACGAACAGUUCAAGUGUUUGUAUUUGUUCUGCAUCAUGUGACUGAGGUCCUGACCAAUCAGAUGAGGUUGCUGUGGGUGAAGAAGCAUGAUGACGCGCAGAAGCAGGCUUUGUUUGGAUGCAGCUUCACUGAUGACGACCUGUACAGACGAAUGAUUCUGAACCUUUUCUAUUGUUUGCACUACACAAUAAACUUGAAAUGAAAACAGC